AUGGCGGGAAGCCCAGGGUGUCGGGUCGGCUCGUUCUGGGAAGAGGUGGCGGUGGCGGUGGCCGCACUGGGGCUGGAGAGCCUGAGGUCGGCGGGGACAGACGCCCGUAGGCCCCCUAGCCCACCUGUCCGCGGGGACAGGAGCCAAAAUUUGGUGGGGGGCGAGGGCUCCGUCCGGACCUGGGAUGUGCCCGGGAAAUGGAGCCACCCAGCGAACCGUGCGGCCAGUCUGAUUGCCAGGCCCGCCCAGCCCAAGGCGAGCCCGGCCGGACUCAGCUUGGGCCGGGCGGGCCUGGCAGUCAGACUGGCCGCACGGUUCGCUGGGCGGCUCCAUCGCCCCGGUUCUUCCCGGGUCCGGGCGGAGCCCUCGCCCCCCGCCAGCCUUCGGCUCCCGUCCACCGGCCCUCCGGCCCUCCGGCCCUUCGGCCACCGCCACCGCUUCCCGGACCGAGCCGUCCCGCCCCCCGGGGUUCCCGCCAUGGGCUGGCCGCUCGCCAUGCUGCUCUGGGCCCUCGGCUUCCAGGGGCUGCCCCCGUUCAGCCUCGGCGCUCCCCAGCCGGCUGCCCCCGCUGGCCCUGCUGGCCCGGCCUCGGAGGACCGUUCCCGCCUGUGCCCGAACCCCGGAAACCGGGACCAGGGGGUCAUCAGCAUUACCCCGAUAAAGUGGGGCAGCAACGUCGCCCAAAUGCUGACCAAUCUCUUUCAUGAACCCGACCGCGAGGGCUCCCCACCCGAGGACACUAACGACCCCAGGAGCUACGGCUGAGCUGCCGGGCCCUGGCCGAGAAGCCCUGACUGGAGGAGGACGGACCCUUCCCUCACCGCUCACAGUUCCCGCGGUGGUAGCGGGUGUGUGUGUGUGUGUGAGAGAGAGAGAGAGAGAGAGACAAUAAAUCCCGUGAAAUCUC